AUGGCGGCCAUCCCCCCAGACUCCUGGCAGCCGCCCAACGUAUACUUGGAGACCAGCAUGGGGAUCAUUGUGCUGGAGCUGUACUGGAAGCAUGCUCCGAAGACCUGUAAGAACUUUGCUGAGUUGGCCCGGCGGGGUUAUUACAAUGGCACCAAAUUUCACAGGAUCAUCAAAGACUUCAUGAUCCAGGGAGGUGACCCCACAGGGACAGGUCGAGGAGGUGCUUCUAUCUACGGCAAGCAGUUUGAAGAUGAACUUCACCCAGACUUGAAAUUCACGGGAGCUGGAAUUCUCGCAAUGGCCAAUGCAGGACCAGACACCAAUGGCAGCCAGUUCUUUUUGACCCUGGCUCCUACCCAGUGGCUUGAUGGCAAACACACCAUUUUUGGCCGCGUGUGCCAGGGCAUAGGAAUGGUGAAUCGGGUGGGAAUGGUGGAAACAAACUCUCAGGACCGCCCAGUGGAUGAUGUGAAGAUCAUCAAGGCAUAUCCUUCUGGCUAG